AUGGACAGGUUCUUGGGCAAGGUGCUGGGCGGCAACGACAAUGAGCGCCAGUCGACAGGCGGCCACUCGCGCGAUGACGACGACGACGACUUCCGCGGCGCGGCCAGCCACGCCGCCGAGCACGCGCCUGAGGACUCGACCUUCUUCUCGGACAUUCUGGGCCAGCUGGGCCAGCGCAAGCAGCAGAUUGUCGAGGACGACAUUGACGAGGAGGACGCAGUGCGCAACCAUCGCAACUUCUUCGACGACUCGGCCCCAACAAGCUCCGACAAGGCGACGUCGUCGGGCAUGGGCAGCGCAGCAGCCAUGCAAGCACUGAAAAUGUUUUCGGGCGGCAGCGGCAGCGGCAGCGGCAGCAGUGGCAGUCAGAGCCAGUUCAUCGGGCUGGCCAUGGCGCAGGCGUCCAAGCUGUUCGAUCAGCAGGCGUCGGCGGGCAACGUGUCGUCGGGCGCCGACAAGCAGUCGGUCGUGGCCAAGGCCGGCGAGAUGGCCUUCAAGAUGUACGUCAAGAGCCAGAUGAGCGGCGGCGGCGGCGGGCCGGCCUCGGGAAGUAAUCUGGGCGGUCUGCUGGGCAUGGCUAGCAAGUACAUGUAA